AUGGCUUCUAACAGCGUAUGGCGCGUUGGAGAAUUCGGCAGCAGGCCUGUACGAGUGGCUAAUUGUUCCGGUUACCAUGGAGAUCCCGCUAGUGAGAUGUACAAGCAGGCUACAUUGGGUAAUGUAGACUUUAUAACUGGCGACUACCUCGCUGAGGUGAACAUGGCAAAUGAUGCGGAAGCAUAUGUGAAAGGACAACAUCCAGGUUACGAGGCUACUGCAUUGAAGGGUUUUGAACUUUCGAUCGAUGCUAUCGCAGACAAGCGUAUCAAAGUCGCCAUCAAUGGUGGAGCCCUUAAUCCUGAAGGUCUCGCUGUGAAAGUAGCAGCUUUGGUUGCCGAAAAUGGUUAUGAUCUCAAGGUAGCCUAUGUUUCCGGCGAUAACGUGCUUCCCAAGGUCGACAAACACAUGCCGCAAAACCGAGAAAACGCGUUGGCUCAUCUUGAUUCUCUGAAUGACCAUGUCACCCUCACUCCUGAGACUUACAUGUUCGCCAAAGGUGGCGAUGAACCUCGGGAAAUAGUGUCUGCCAAUGCUUAUCUCGGUGCCCACGCCAUAUAUGAAGCAUUUCAACAGGGUGCCGACAUCAUCAUAUGCGGCCGAGCUUCUGAUGCCAGCCCCGCCAUCGCCUGCGCAUGGUACUGGUGGAGAUAUGCGCUACUUUGGUAG